GUGGCGUCUGUGAUGAGCUCCUGAAGCAUUUUGAUUGAGCGAGCAGAGCUUACGCGUGCACAGAGAUCGACGGUUUAGGAGGAAUCGAGAUCUACCUCACUUGGACUGUGGUGCCGCUUCUCUUAGCCGCCACCAACAACAACAACUCAGCAGACAUAGCCAAGAGGGCAGACAACCAUGGCCGACGAUGGUGGUGUCAAACUGCUCUGGGAGGAGCAGGUGGCCCUCUACACGCUCAUCUCGACGUGUUCGUGUGUCGUCUUGGAGCUCGUGGCCCAUCUCUUCAAGGACUUUGCCAUUCUCGCCCGUCUGAGAGCGAGACCAGUCUCCUCUGUGCACAUGGCUGCGGUGCUGCUUGCCUUGCAGCGGCUCUUCGCUCUCUUCUUCUUUGUCGCGGCCUUCAGCCUCAGCACACAUCCAGCCAGCUGCGUCUUGUCUUUCAGAGCCACCAUGGUGGCCACUGCUCUCGUUUCGGCCUCUUCACUGCUGUCCUGUGUGGUCAAGACAGCAAGCGCCCUGGAGUCGUCGUUCGUCGGCCUUGUCUGCAUCGCUGUGGCAGCCACAGUAUCGGUAGCCUCGUCUCUCAUCUGGUGUGCCGUACUUGGCUCGGUCAGGGUCACUCAACUGGCCGAGACGCCUCCGCCCUCGUCGUUCUACGUCGGCAGCUGCCAACUCGACACGAGCGGCGCCGCGUGGGUCUCUGCGCAGCUCGCAGCAAGCAUCGCACUGCUCGUGGUCCUCGUCUGGCUCGAGACAAUCUCCUUUCUCACAUGGCUCGAGGGCCUGCAGCACCCCUCGCUCGUUCCUUCGGACGUGAUUCUGCGUUACCUCACCCACGUCUCGCACCUCGCCACCUUUAUGGCCUUUGACAUCUUCUCGCUCGUCUGGCUGCUCACGCACCAGCGCUCUGGAUCGAUGUUCAUGACGGCCGUCUACAUACACGUAUUUGCCUGCCUCGUCUAUGGGCCCCGGCAAUUGGAGAGGUUUCAUGACGCCACCAACGAGGAAAGAGCACACGCUGCAGAGGUCUUUGAACGCGAUCGUGAGAGUUGGUCCAUCAAGACACACCGACCGGCAACAGUUGCUCCGCUGUAGUAAGGGGAAACAGAAUAUUGUGGCAUGGCACAAAACAAAGGGACGAUGAGAGAGAGAGAAUUGUAAAAAUAAAGAUACAAUACCCCUUGGAGUUCAUUGAGACAAGAGUAAAUUGCCCUACAGCAG